AUGCUAAGCGCUCCAUAUUCUGUCCUCCAGCAGAACGGCCUCAAAUCGCCAGGCAGUUUACUCGAAAUACCUAGUUCAAGCUCGCAUCCGGUGCUGAUCGCAAGGCAUAUGCUUUACAUUGCUACUUUCCUGCAGCAUCUCCACCCUAAUCUUCUUGGGGCGAUAAAUGGCUUGGCGGAAUCACUCCACGCCCUGAUGGAACGAUUAGCAGGAACUGCUAUUAAUUUGGUCACAACAAACGACGAGCUUUUUGGUAGCAUUGAAGGACUGGAGUGUGUUAUGAUGGAGAGCAUGUACUACCACGAUGGUGGGAAUCUACGACGAAGCUGGAUGGCCAACCGGAGGGCUAUGGCUAUUGCGCAAAUGAUGAACAUUCACCAAAGUCAAAGCCGAGCAAAAUACAAGGUUCUUGUCCACAAAACGAAAGCUCAUCCACAGUUCAUGUGGUUUCGAAUUGUCUCCCGCGACCGUAAUUUGUGUCUCAUGCUAGGUCUUACGCAAGGCUCCUUUGAUCAGAGCAUGGGCACUGGUAUAUCAUUCAGAGAUGAUAUCCCUAUGGGCCGCCUCGAGCGGAUGCACUGUACUCUCGCGUCUCGCUUAUUGGAGCGCAACGAGUCUGACCCGUGCGCUAAUGACUUUGUCCUAACACAACACCUCGACUUGGAGUUACAGAAAGCGGGUAGAAGCAUGCCCAGCAAAUGGUGGCUUAUGCCAAACCUAGACAGUGUCACGGAUGAUGACCCACAGGCUCUCUUUUUCGAUAUGGGACGUCUGUUCAACCAGUUGUAUCAUUAUAACUUGCUUAAUCAGCUCCAUCUGCCUUAUAUGCUUCGUUCAUCACCUGAACGGAAGUACGAAUAUUCCAGAAUGACCUGCGUGAAUGCAUCGAGGGAGGUUCUCUUGCGAUUUAUCAUGUUUCGUGGCUACAACAAGAAUAAGUUCUGCUGUCGGACAGUUGACUUUUUCGCACUCAUGGCCGCCAUUACACUACUUCUGGCACAUCUCGACAGCCACCGGUUUUCACAGACCACCAACCUCUUAGCUCACCAAUAUCUUAGUGAUCGGGCCAUGAUAGAGCAGGCGCAGGUGAACAUGGAACAAAUCAGUCGCGUUAACGGAGAUACUCUAAGUGCCCAAAGUGCGGACUUAUUGUAUAAGUUGCUGGCCAUCGAUUCCGAAACAGCAGAUGGCGUCAGUACGGAGAGCGUCAGCGUUCAGACACCAGAAAGCGCAGUGUUACAGUCAAACGAAAACGACAACGGCGUUGUUCGGGUGCAAAUACCUUACUUUGGCAUCGUCAGAAUUGCCCGUCAUGGCGUUGUUUCCAGGGAAAUGGUCAACGCACAACCUCCUAUAAGUAAUGGCCAACCCUACGCUCCGCUGAUUGGUAUGCAUAACGCCGAGAGCUCGGAAGCUGCAGUGCGUGAUCUUGGCUCUGGCCGCUUUGAUGGAAAUGCAUUUCCCAGCUCAAUGGCCGAAGCGGAUUGCACCUCUGUCGAUAGUUUUAAUGGCCUGCCUGCCCAGCUCACAUCGCGAUAUCAGGAUACCGUUUCUGAUACCCUCCUGCAGGACUAUCAGGAUCCUGAGCUAACUGCCGGAGUGGACGACUGGGCAUUCCAGGGUGUCGAUUUGGCUUUCUUUGACAGCAUAAUGAGAGGCCUCGAUAACGGAAAUACUUCAGAAACCUGGGAUAAUGGGCCUUAA